AUGAAGACUUGCUCAUUCCAGGUAUUAAAAAAAUAAAAUUAUAUAUUUUAAUUUAUUUUUAGUGGUGUCAAUAGUUUUAAUCGGAAGGAUUAUUUAUAGGGAUCGGAAAAUAAUUCGGCCAAAAAGAUAUUAUGAUGUGAAUUUUAUAUGUUAAUAUUUUCAAUGUGAGUAAAGUUAGACCAUAGAAAAAUGAAGGCUAGCUAACUCCAGGGUUUUAAAAAAUAUAAUUAUAUAUUUAUUAUUAUUUUUAGUGGCUUUAAUAGUUUUGAUCGGAAGGAUUAUUUAAAAUGAUUAGAAAAUAAUUAGCCUGAAAAUAUCUCAUUAUGUGAAUUUUAUAUGUUAAUAUUUUUACUGUGAAGUAUUAUCCGUCCAAAGAUAAGAUUUGGGAGGACUUUUAUGUAAAAAACACACCGGUAAAAACCUCACGCCCAAUCCGCUGUCUGCAGGGUGGCGGUGACGGCAGGAGAAACUCUACGACCAAGGUGAAGAAAUCUGGAACGGCCGAAAAACUAUGAUUCUGUUCCUUGAAUCUUCUCCAGUGAUGUUUUUAUGAUUCAUUCGCAGGUAUUUUGGAUCCAAUCUCGUGGAUUUCUCGGAAGGCAUGUCAUCAAUGUAGAAAUUCAUCGUUGAUGUGUUGUUCUAUGCUUGGUGUCUCGCAUUUUACUGAGAAAUUGAUCCAAUGGACGCCCUAUACGGGAUCAGAACUGCGUGCAUCGUCUGAAGAAGCGGUGCUGAGGCACAGCCGUCGUCGCGCGAUGAAGAGCUCCUUGCACGGCAUUUCGUUCGCAGCACUGGGGCGGAGCGCGUGCUGUUCUGGUGUCAGAUUGAGUUCUUCGGAUCUCCUUUUCGCGAAGUUACAUAGAUGGUGCUAUUCUACUCGUCGAAAGUCUGCCCCUCGGGUGCCCAAGAUGGAGCAUCAGGAGUCUGGGGAGAAGCAGGAUGCGUUUUAUGUAGUUCGGAAAGGAGAUCUCGUCGGUGUGUAUAAAAGCUUCAAGGAGUGUCAGGAACAACUCAGUUCGUUUGUAAGUUCUCUUUUGUCGUCAUUUCCAUAUUCUGAGAAGAUAUAUUACUGCGAGUUCCGACAUCAAAGCUUCUUUCUGGGAGCAUGUACGUAGUAAUUUAUGCUCAUGCUGGUUUCAGAUCGUGUGAGAAAAAUUGUAGCAUUUGUUUCAAGUAACUUCUGACAUGAUUAUCCAACAGUCUUUCAAGUUUUUGCAACAUCUCAUGCGUACAUUGUAUGUUAAUGAUAAAUAUUUCAUACAAUUUUAUGCAACUAUUGUUUUAGAGUGUGGGAUUUAAAUACAUAUCUAUAUAACUUUUCGUUGAAAUUUAUCUGCACGAAAAGAAGAAUUAGCUAGUCAUGUUUUACUGGAAGCUUGAGAAAUGGUCUCAGGACUUUCAGACAUCAAACCAUGCACUUUCCUUUCGGUUUUUAUAUGGAUCUAGUUUACUUGCCUGUGGGAAUCUACCUUCCAAAACAGACUCGAUUGGUAAAAGGAAUAUGCUAAUGGGAAGACGACAGUGCUUUUCUAUAGUCUCUUUUUUGUUAAUUUCCGUGAAAAAUUGAAAAAUAGAGGUACCUACAUUGAUUUUUUGAUAUAUAUUUCAUUUUCCACAAGGUAGAGACUUCUUCUGAGGUAUUUGAUUAUUCGCUCUUCGAAUCAAACCGAUUUUAGCUUCGGGUUCAGCUGGAUAACCUGGCUGGUUCUCUUUAGAGGCACCCGGAGAUUUUGCUGUUUCUAAAGAUAUUUCACGAGUGUAUGUGAGAAACCAUCUUUUGGUUGAUUUUGCUUCUUCUAGUGAGUUCCGAGGAGUUCUAGCUUAUUCAGGUUGAUUCAAAGCUAGUUAUGAUCUGUCUAGAAUUUGGCCUUGCCAGUCCUUGUUGCAAUGGUUCCAAUCAUAAAACUGGGAAAACCGAAUCAGUCUUGGUCACUUUUGAAGUAGUUCAGCCAGUUCCUGUUAGAAUCGAGUUUUUAAUUACUUGCUUCUAGUACUCCAAUGACGUACUCAUUCACGACAUAAGCCAAAAUUUUCCCUGCGGGAUUUGUAUCAACGUGCACUAUAUUCCACUGCAACCAGUAAUUUAAGGUAUUUUUUGGUAAAUAUCUCUCUUUUCAGACUGGAAAUACAAUAAAAGAAUUUUAUUCUUCUCCACUUAUACUGUACACGGGGAAUCAUUGCAUACAGUUGCUUUCAGACUGACCAAAAAAUAACAUGGUCAACUUGGUACUAAUCUUGUAGAUGAUAUUGUUUCACUUGCGGCAAAUCAUUGAACCAUCAAGAUUGUUUCUCGUGUCCACAGUUAAACAUUACUUCAUCUAGGUUACAAGAAAUAAGCGUGUGGGUUUAAACAAUGUUCACCAUGCAAGCGUCCGAGAAAAAUAUGGGACAAACGGGGUUAUUUGUGGAAUCUGCACUUAAGUGAAGGUUGAGAUCAAUUUGAGCAACCUAAGGUUGGCAGGAAGACCUGUUACCUAUAAGUAAGGGUUGGCUCUAUCAUGAAGGUUGCCUAAUUGUUCUUGUGGUUUUCCGCAGUAUUGUGGAAUUAUGUCUUUUUUCACAUUGGGUUAUCCAAUUAGCUUUAGUGAUAGAAUUCAUCGUUACCUUUGAAGGUGAAGUUGUCAACUAAUGGGGAGUAUUGAAGCAUAUCUUGCUUGUACUUGUGAGUAUUUGGCAGCUGCUUCAACCCCUUAGGCUCGUGGUUCCAUGUUCUGAAAGAAGAAAGAUCAAGGCAAAGACAUGUAACUAUCAUAGGCUUACUAUGGAGCUUGCUGCAUCCAAUUGGAGCAUCUGAGUAUUUGAACAAGAUGCCCUGACAAACAGGAAUUUCUUAGACAACUUUGGAUGGCAGAGGGCUUGCCACUGGUACAAUAACUUCGUUUGAUUUCAUAAUUCUCAUAUACAUAAGGAAAAGUUUUCGAAGGUCCUAGAUCUUUAGCUGAAACCAUACGAAAUGAGGAUGUGAUUUUUUUCUUCAGCCCAAUUAUUAAAUGGUAAUGCAAUUUACCAAGUUAUGUAUUUGGGUAGCAUUCCAGAAAACAAAGUACCUCUUUCUUCUCUUAUAUGCAUAUCUUUGGUUUCUCUUGCUGUUUUAGCUUGUUCCUCUCCUUACCUACUUUGCUUUCUUUUAUAGCUUCACUUUCAUAUCCUGCUUCAUAUAUCUGAAACCCAGGAUGUGUCUUUGUCAUUACUUUGUGGUUAUUAAUGAACUUAUUUCCUUUUUGAAUAAGAAAUUGUGAAGGUUGAAAUGAUUCAUUUAACUGCAACUCUCAAGGUCAAAUUACGGGUUCUAGUAAAUCUAAAAAUUAUGACGUCGCUAAAUCUUUUGUAGUGAUAUGCUCUACUGAUUUGCAGCUGUUUAUAGUUUCUUUUUACCUUUUACUUUCUGCUCAUUUGUUGCCAUCGACUAGCUUUUUCUAAUUUUCUAUACCUGGGUAUCUAUUUUCUAAUUUUCUUUUUUCAACUGUAUUUGUCAUAGUUACAAGGAUGCUUGUUUCUUAUGGAUGUUGCUUACAUUGAUCUAAUUGAUUCAUGAAAGUUUCAUUAGGUCUGUGAUCCAGCCGUGAGUGUUUAUAAAGGUUAUUCACUUCGUAAAGAAACGGAAAAGUAUCUUGCUUCUCGUGGGCUAAAAAAUGCGAUGUAUACCAUUCAUUCGGCAGAUGUCAGAGAAGACGUGUUUGGUGCUCUAGUACCUUGUUCUAUUCAGGUAGAUACUCAAGCUCCAUACCUUUUAUAUUUUCACGUCUAUCCAAUGCGGUUAGUUCAACUAUGUGAUUGCUGUCUUAGGUUUAUAUUUGAUAUAACGAUGAGAAAAAUGUGAUUGCCCAGGUGAAUUGAAUGACUUCUCCCUACCUUUCCUUGUAGAGACUAAUUUGGUGAGGGUGGCGUGAGCUGGUUGUUUUUACAGGCUUCCAGGAAUGCAUGUCCGACUCCAGAAAACCCAUGUUUGACCAAUGUAAUCAUUGGAUUGGGCUGAAUAAAUUUUUAACUUUGGGUUUUAUUCAUGGAAAAGACGAGUUAGGCCUGGAAUGGAGUUUGGUGAGCUGCCACGUCAAGAAGGUUUGUCAUCCUCUUAGACUUUAGGGUCACGUCAGUGAAGUAGGAAGGGAAGUGUGAAGAUGGUGAUGAAUUAGAGUGGAGUUGGGUGAGCUGUCACGUCAAGAAGAUUUGUCAUCCUCUCAGACUUCUUGGAGUUGAAGGACAGACCCCAGACAACCCGAGGACAGCAGGUCAUUCAGCCAGCAUUUAACUCUGGGCCUCACUUAGCGUUUAUGCCCUGAAAAGAUGACCCGAACUUCUGUGGUAUCCAAGCUCAUUGACACUGUUUGCCCAACGUUGAUAAAGACAUCUAAGCAUCGGACAAGGCAGCCAGCAAUUUGGCGGACUAAAGUGAAUCUGAUUAGCAUGGCUAGUCAGCUGAACUAUUUGGAUCAUGAUUUGGAUUAAGUGAUCUUUAAACCCUUUUAUUUAUGUACAAUGGUACUUGUGCCCGUGUCAUCUUUCCUCUCAGAAAUCUAUUUUGCUACAUGUUCUGUGUCAUAGAUUUGAAAAGUUUAGUUGCUUAAAUUUUGAUUCUAGAUGUUGCAUGUUAAUGAUUAGAAAGAAAAUUAUUUAGAUUUUGGAUGAUUUUUUAUUAUAUUUUAUGAUUCUCAGGAUGCAACUGGACCUGAGCCUACCCCUGCAGAUCUUGCUGUAAAACAUACUGAGCUAGUUGAGAAGCAUUCACUACAUUCUAAAGAUGUAAGCUGUUGUUAGUCCGAUUUCGUCCCAAAGCCUUUUUUAGUAUAACUGUGUUAACUGUGUUAGUCCGAUUUCGCCCUCUGUUCACUUGUGCUCGUGGAUACCUGGCGCUGUCACUACCUCCUGUGUACAGAAGGGUGCUUGACGCAGUAUUUAUUAAUAAAAGUGCAACCAGCAAGCUUUACUUGGUCAACCUCUUCUUUCAUCAUUCACUAAUAAUUUUUUCGUCUAAAACCGCUAUCUUUUUAAUUAACUUUCUUAAAAUCUAAUUUAGAUGAUUUUAUAUCAUGCUAUUUCUAGAAAACAUCCUGAGUUGUAUGCACAUACUUGACCAUAUUUGGCCUGCAGGGAAACCUACUAAGCUAUUUUUUUAUUAUUCUACACAUUAUCCUCUCUAUCCUUACGUUUUUUUCAGUUCUGCUUAUCUCGAAAAUUGCUGACUUUCCAUUCAGUAUGCCGUCAUUUUGAUAUCCGUACCAGUAUUUGACAACAUUUGAAUGAAAUUUAUUUGCUGAAAUAGUAGACACAUUUUCUGAUGCAACUAUCAGUGGAUCUAUCGCAACUUGGUUGCCCUCCUUCCUUUAAUCUUUUGACAUUAUUUGCUGAAUUCUCUUAAGUGGCUACCAGUUCUCUGUUAACUAUUGAAUUUCCUUAUUUUAAUUAAUGAUUAUGAGAAUUAUUCGGUUUUUUCUCCAAAUUAUUAUACUUAUCAUACACAUUUCCUAGAAUUUGAUUUUUUUUCCUGCACUUAUUGUGAGAGGACUUCACAAUCUAAUGAAACACAGGUAGGCUGUCGAAUGUUUUGCCAUUGUAAAAAUCUUGAAUUGUCAUUUCAUUCCUUACCAUUUUAAAGAUGAACAUCUUUUUCUUUGGUCAUUGGGGUUCACUGGAUUUCUUCUUCUUCUUCUGAUACAUUUGAGUUCUACUACAUUUGAGUUCCAUUCUUACUGGAGAUUACUAUUUUUUCUGGCGUUCCUGUUGUUUUCUCUUAUGGUCGCGUCCUCAUCGUUUCGAGUAAUACAUUAUUGAUCAUCUUUGCUCCAUAUAGAUAUCCUGCAUUAUUGAAUUUGAUGGCGCCUCGAAAGGAAACCCUGGUAGAGCUGGUGCUGGUGCAGUUAUCCGUAGCGAAGAUGGGACCAUGGUACGUUACCUCCUGCCAUAGUUCAUACUCGCCUGUUUUCGCCCAUGAUUUUCCCCUGUACCAUGCAAAGGAUCACCAGCUAAUGUUUCAAGAAAUAUGAGCAAAGAUUUAUAGGCUGCGUGAAGGCUUAGGUGUUGCGACAAAUAAUGUUGCUGAAUAUCGAGCUAUGAUCUUAGGAAUGAGAUGCGCCCUUAAGAAAGGCUUCAAGCAAAUACGCAUCCAGGGUGACUCCAAGCUAGUCUGCAAUCAGGUGCGUUGGCUGUAAAUGAUUCUUAUGUAGUGUUUUUAUGUCGUACUAUUAGUAGCAAAGACUUCACAUUUUGCGUAUCAGUCCUCAUCAUGAAAAUGUUAAUAAUAUCAGCGCAGAUAUGGUGAUUGAGUUUGUGCAUCCAACUUCUAUGGGUUUUAUUUUUAUUUUUUAUUAUUAUUUCCAUUGUAGAACUAGUAAAGAGCCACCCUGCGGUCCAGAUAAUGAUUGCUCUGAACAUAAACCCUGUGAAAUCCCAGAUCCAGGGAUCUUUGUGGCGGUGUUGAGAACUUUUAUCUAUGGAGUUUCUUCUUCAUCAGGUGGCUAAUCAUUCCUCCUGUGCAAUGCAGCAUCUCAUAGUUUUCCAGUUCUGGAAAAGCCACAGGUUUGCACAGACAUCAGCUCCUCUUAGACCUAGAUGCAGUCUGGCUGGGGCAGAUGUAUUACUGCCUUAGAAGGAACAUCUACUUAGCUUUCUGGAAAUUAGAGGCUUUAGAUCAUAUGGGUUACGAUCUCACUGACAUAGCGUGGCGUCAUCUGUCUCCCUUGCCUUUGGCCUCCAUAACAUGUCUCACUCCUGUGCUCGCAUCUUGCUGCCGCGUGCACGUGCUGCACUGUUCGUUGUGUGCUCCGACCGUGCCGCCGUGCACGCGCGCCGUGGCACCGUGUGCAUCUGCUGUGCCAUCAAGCUCAUGUGUCGUGCCAACUAUAGUUCAUGUCUAGGAUCAAAGUAUUAUCAUGGAAAACUUUGCCAAUUAUGGAGAUUAUGAACAUUGGUGCUGCUUUUAGGAUUUCUCUGUGAUUCUAUGUUAUCAUUGGAGCUGUACCGGGUGGAAUCAUGUUUAUCUUGUUAAAACUCGGCUUAUUGGUUGUCUUUCAUGUCGUAGUUGAGUGGCGUGUGGCGAACACGGCACAAGAACCUCAUCAACUUGAACAAGGAGGCUAUGGAGCUCAAAGAAAAAUUUCUUUCCUUCGAUGUGCGCCAUGUGAAAAGGGUAGGGCGUCCUCUCUCUCUCUCUCUCUCUCUCUCUUCCUCCUACAUGAUUGCAAUAUCUUUAGAUUCAUCAAUAGCAGCAUCAGAAAUCCCGCGAAGAACCCUAACUUGCUUCCAGAGCGUUGCUGUGGCCUUUUGCUGCCAUUUUUCUCCCAUGAACUUGCGCUCAUGCAACUCUUCUUUCGAUUCUCAUAGGAAUUUAAUUCUGAUGCUGAUGCGGAAGCUAACAGCGCCGUCGAUCUCCCCAGUAAGUUGCAUCGAAUAAAUGCUUCUCCCUCCCUCUCUUCUCUCUCUCUCUCUCUCUCUCUCUCUCUCUCUCUCUCUCUCUCUCAAUUACUUACAUCAAGAUCAAGAUGACAAUUUUGGGGCCCUGGUUUAUGAACCCAGAUGGCGAGGUCCAAGAGCUAUCGGUUGAACCCUGACCAGUUCCAGCUGAAGCUACCAACCAGAAUCCCUCAAAAGAGAAGGGGAAUUAUUUUUUCCUCGUGCAGAUCAUCUCCUUGAAUGAACGGCUCACACGGCAGAGAAAUAUAUUCCCUUUUUUCCUGUUGCGGCGGAUGGGCAGCCCAAUUUUUGUUUUUUUUUUCUAUUUAUUGAAUUGAUCUUCUUUGAGCAUGGGUUUCUCUCUCCUCCCUCUCUCUGAUGGCUCUGGCUUCUGAACUGUGGCUUGAAACCAGAGCCGUUGUGGGAUUCUGUGGAUGGGGAGGAGUGAGGAGAAAUUGGGUGGGGCUUUAAGCUCCUGCUCCUGCCAUCGUAAGUAGCUGGGGAUGCCAUCAAAAGCAGCCUAGAGAGAGAUUCAACAAGCUUCUGCCCACUGUUCUUGUUGCUUCAUCAUCCAUAAGCUCUCUCUCUCUCUCUCUCUCUCUCUGGGGUGCCAUCAAAAGCAGCCCAGAGAGAGAUUCAGCAAGCUUCUGCCCACUGUUCUGGUUGCUUCUUCAAUCAUGAUCUUUUACUCAAGCAGGAUCUUUGAGUCUCUCUCUCUCUCUCUCUCUCUGGGAUACCAUCAAAAGCAGCCUAGAGAGAGAUUCAACAAGCUUCUGCCCACUGUUCUGGUUGCUUCUUCAAUCAUGAGCUUUUACUAAAGCAAGAUCUUUGACUCUCUCUCUCUCUCUCUCUCGCUAAUUGUUUCCCAAAAUAUAUAUAUUUUUUAUAUGUUCCUGAGAUUUGAUAGACCCCCGAACGCAUACUUGA